ACGACGGUCCGUGCGCGGUAAGCGGUUCAGUAGUGAAGAAACGACUGUACUGGUCGCUCAUACUUGUGGUACGUUUGUUUCAUAGCACGCUCGUCGUUGUCGCGCGUUCGACUCUUACUACUGGCAACGCAUUAUUAUUUUUUUAAAUCUUUUUUCGUUUCUGUGAUUCUUUUGCUACAAUUCCGCGUCGCUGGAUAAUCGGAACGUCUCGAUUCGCGAACGGAGUACGCGUUCGACACGGCAAUUUAGAACACGCGAUCUACAUGGGAUACGUCAUGGUAGACUGCAGUAUGUGUGUGUGUAGGAUCUAUGACUGGACAGACAGUCAUCAGCAAUUAUAAUGGGUACAAGAAUGUGUCCCAACAAAUUUUGUUAAAGAUGACUAUCGGUAUCAAACAAUGUCCCCUGUUGGAUACUUUAACAAUUCAACCGUAUAGAUGAAGUUUCUUCUAGGGUGUAUAGUUUGGAUUUGGGCGUGCAUUUCCUUAGUCCUAUGUCAAGAUGGCAUUGGUACCAAUAAUGCAACAAAGAAUUCAAUACUAUCGGAAGUUUCAAAAUUACAAAAUUUUGAAGUUACAACGUCGCAAAAGCCUACCCUUACAGUUAGAGAAGAGCAAAUUGAAGAUGAAUUAAGUAAUAGCGCUACUACCACAGAGAAGUUUAUGGAAAAACGUAAAUUUAUAAUUAGACCUUUAAAAGAAAAUGAAGAAUAUAGGGAAAUCUUUACAGUUAGAUACAAUGAAACAGGCCCAACCACUAUAAGAAGCUCGACUAAUAAAAUUAAAACUUCGUUAUCGUCAAGCUUCACAAAAUAUGAUGAACCCGAAGAUAUCACUGUUAGUGUUGAUAAUGAUUUUACCACAUCAUUUGAGGGUUUAGUGAAAAAAAACCCCAUAGAUAAUGGAGAGAGAAAAACUAGACAACGGUUAGAUGGAUUAAAAAGUGUUACGACAAAUAGGGGUAGAACGAGAUUCCAAAAUGAACAAGGAACUUCAGAAAUUCCUGAAAUUUCAACAAAUUUACGUUAUAAAAAACCUAUUAGAGUUAAACCAAUUGAACAAACCAUUAAAGAUGAAGUUGUUCCGACUUCAAUAGUAGAUGAUUUGAUUGAUACUACUACGAUAAUGGAUAAUUCUGAAAUUGAACUACAAAGGCCAAAGUUUAAAAAACCACCAUUAAUUGCUACUCACCAUCCAAAUUUUGGAACGUCAACUGAAACAUCUCGUAGACCUGCAAUUAGAUCAAAUUUAAACUUAAAACAAAAGAUAAUAUCUUCUACAAUUAAAGCAAAACCAUCUGAACCAGAAGUAACAGAGCCUGAAAAUAUAAUAGCUAAUAACAAUACAUCUGAAGUUGGCUCACUUAAUGUGCAAUUAAAUAAAAUGAGACCAAUUAAAGUGAUCACUCCAAAAGGAUCAGCAUCUCAACAGCCGAUUCCACCAACUGCAACAGCAUGGGCUUUGGCUUCGUUAAAAGCGCCAAAUAACACCAAUAGAAUAUUUAAGAAACCUUUAAACGUAACUAGUAUACAAGAAUCAGUUACUAAAAUCAAACCAUUCAUUACUUGGUCCACUAGAUUACAAAAAACAAAUGAAGAUAAUUUAAGCACAACUUCUACUUCAAACAGUGCAUUAGUUAUAGGGGAGUCAAAUGAAACAUUUACAGGAAUGCCUGAGACAUACGUUUCAACUGGUAAAUUAAAUACUAUCAAUCGAUUAACACCGGAAAUUACUUCAACAGAAUCUUUAAUACAUACAAUGUCAAUGUUGUCAACAAGUCAUAAACCAAAUAGAAAUGAUUCUACUACGAAUGGUAUUGGUGGUGACACUGAUCAAAAUAAGUAUGAAAUAUAUGGAUCUCAAAAACCUGACGUUGAAAAUACAACUACAGUAAUUGAAACAUUGCGUCCAUCGUCGUCUACAAUACCUACGGAAUCGCAAAAUUCUAAUUUGUUGUUGGUAACGUCUUAUAAAUCAAUUUUUGAGAACAACAAUGAUUCAGAAACCAAACAAAAUGUUUUUACGCCACCUGAAAUUCCUGUGUCAUCAAUCACAUCAAAAAUAGAAAUGACAAAAAACGAAUUUACAACAUUGAUGACGGACCCAUUAAAUAUUUUUAAUUAUAGUGGAGUAACACUGAAUACUGAAAAUGAAAAAGAUCAUAAAUUACCAGUAGAACAGACUUCUACAGAAAUAUUUAGUAAAGCGCCAGAAAUCUUAUUUGAUUAUUCUGAGUAUCACGAUAGUAAUAAAAUGCCGACAACGGCGGGAGACCAAUCGAGUAAUUCAGACGUUGAAUUUUCGAUUUCUCAUGAUAUUGAUUUAAAUAAUCAAAAUCAUUCGACUACUACUGAACAUUAUAUAGAAAGUAUUAAAACUAAGUUAGAUACAAAAAUAACAGAAUCUAUAGACAAUCAUGAUUCUUUAGAAAUUAUUGAUUUUACAAAUAAGUUUUCGUCCGAGCAUCCUACACUUAGUUCUACUGUAGGGACUGAAGUUGAAACAGCGGUUCCAGAAAAAACCUCAUCGGAAUUUUCUCAACUACCAUCUAAUGAUAUAUUAAAUACUUCUCAAGCACCUGGUUGGUCUAACACCCCUGAUAUAUCUUUUAUUGAUUUCGAAUCGAACUCAACGGACAGUCACGAUGAUACAGGAGAUGAUGGCCAAAAAUCAUUCGAAACCUCUUCUCCAAGUUCUGUGGUAGUGAAUGAACCAACUUCAGAAUCAGAUAUUUCUGAAAAUGAUGUUCCUAUAGUUACUAGUUUAUUGACUACAUCAACAACAACAACAACAACAUCAACAGCUUCUCCAAAACUAAUAACAACAACCACAACAACUUCGACGACUCCAAAACCCACCACAACAACUACCACGACUUCAAAACCCACUACAACAACUACCACGACUUCAAAACCCACUACAACAACUACCACUACCCAGAUACCAACAACAACAACUACGACUACAUUUAAACCAGUAGUAAUAACAACUACAACUACUCAAACACCAACAUCUACACAAAGAAUAACAACAUCUAUUGCUCCACCUAUAGUGAUUGAAAUAACUACUCCUAGUACAACUAGAAAGCCUAUAUCCUCUACACAACUUCCUACCACUACAUUGUCAAGUAAACAAACUACAACAACUAUUCGGCCAAAUUCGAUUACUUUAAGACCAAAACCAGCCGUGAUCGAUUCAGAUAAGACUACUUUUGCACCUAAUGUACCAAUUAUUCAAUCAUACUUAAAUAUAUUGAUUAACUCGACAAUGGCAGACGUAUGCGAAAACAAAGAAAAUCUUAAGGACGCAAUUAUUAAAUUGUUUGAAAGUGGAACCGAGAGUGUUAAUUCGAAAAAUCAAAUCAGAUUCCUUAAUACCGUCGAAAAACAAUGUUUAAACCCCGAUGAUGAAAAAAGUCCGGUUGAGGUUGAAUUUUACUUGAUGAACAGUAAUGGCGAUUAUAGCACAUUAAUGAACGAAGAGUUUAUUAGCUUGCUAGACAACCAUCGAUUUGAUUACAAAUCAGAUAUAAUAAGAGCCAAGUUUAUGAAACGAUCUCUAGAAGUUGACAUCGAUAAGGAUGAAACUCAAAAUCCAAGAGUGAAAGCUGCUAUAUAUCUAUCAUGUGUAGCCGGUGUUUGCACCAUCCUUGUAUUGAUUUUAAUAAUUGUCCGUAAACGUCAAAAACGAUUCAACUAUGGCCAAAGAUGUACUCCUGUCUCAUUAGACGACUAUAGUAUGGACAAUAUAUCGGUGUUUAAUAGCUUUAGAAGAAAAGGCGCACGAAGGGCGUCAAAACGGUCAUAUGGAAAUCCUGCCUUUGACGAUUCUUCGGCUUGUUCACACGUAUUGAACUUUGCUGGGCUUGUGAGCUUUUCGGAAGAUCGACCGGCGAUUGACGAAGAGUUUUCCAACAUACCAGUGAUUACAGUGAAACCAGACGAGUUGCCACCGGGUGCUGAAACGAAGAACCGUUACGCCAAUGUUAUACCAAUGCCAGAAACGAGAGUUCUGCUGAAUCCACGUGGUUCUGGAUUGAAUUCAGACUACAUAAAUGCCAAUUAUGUCAAGGGUUAUAAGGGUGCUGAAAAGUUUUAUAUCGCUUGUCAAGCUCCGAUGCAAUCCACCAUUCCCGACUUUUGGCAAAUGAUUUGGGACCAAAAUACUAGAGUCAUUAUUAUGGUUACUAGCUUGACUGAAAAAGGAGUGGAAAGAUGUGCGGACUAUUUACCACCUUCAGAAGUCUUGGACUGCCAUCGGUUGUUUGGUGAUUAUCAAAUAACAUUGAAGAAGCGAGAAGUAAAAGAGAAGUUUAUAAUAUCCAGUUUACAGUUAAAGAACUUGGAGACGAAUCUUUGGCGGGACGUGACACACCUGUGGUACGGAGGUUGGCCCGUGCAGGGAGUGCCGUCCGAUCCGGGUGCAAUGUUGUCGUUCGUCAUGGAGGCCAGAUCGCACAUGAAAACCAACAGCGGACCCCACGUGGUGCAUUGCAGCCCCGGAACCGGGCGAACAGGUACGGUUAUCGCGUGCGAUAUGGCCAUCAGAGAUUUUGAAGUGACUCGGACCGUCGACAUCCCGAAAACUGUGUACGCUGUUAGGCGAUGCAGGGCCGGCGCGGUACAGACCAGGGAACAGUACGCUCUCAUAUAUAAGGUGGUGAAUCUGUAUGCAAGUAAACUCUCAGGAGGUGUAUUGGAUUCGUUUUAAUGACAUCGUACAUAUGUUUUAUUUUUAUAUUCGCAUUAUAUCGUUAGUUAUUAUAUAAGUAAUUGAUAAUUUUAUUAUAUAUUUUAUUACUAUUUGUUGAUAUUAUUAUAAUAUGGUGACUCUCUUUAUGAAACUCUUAGAAGUUCGCAAAUAGGUUCCGAACAAAAUUAUUUUAAGUCAGGAUGAUCAAUAGUCUCCGAGUUCAAUCAGCGUUUCUGUGAUAAGCAAAUUAUAAUUCAUGAUCAAUCGUGCUAAAUGAUUCAUCAUAUGUUUAAGAUCUUUUGAAAAAUACUGUUAAAUAAUUUAACAAUUAAACUCUCUUUCUUUUUAUUUUUAUAACUAUUACGUAUGU